AUGGCCGCCUUGGGGCGGCUGAACGACAUGCUGGCCAUUCAGAGCAGCGCCGACGCGCAGCGCUGCAGCGCCAUCACCAGGAUGCUCAUGGAGCGCUGCAUUUUGAGGGAAGUAGAAGGCUCUGACCGAAUCCUGGCGGGCGUGAAAAACCUUCUCACCAAGUACGUCUGGUGCCAGGACGUUUGGGUGGAAAUCAUGAUGCGACUCGCCACCGUGGCUUUGGUCUCUGCCGCCUCGCUGGAAUCCGUGGGCUUCUCGGUGGGCAUCGCGCUGGUGGUGGGCGUCAUGGUGGGGACCCUGCAGCCCUACACCCAGCGCCAGGUCAAUGACCUGCAAUGCUGCUGCUUCUUAUGCCUGGCGGCCGCGGCUGCUGGCUUCGGGCUGCAUCUCGUGUGGCUGGCGCGCUUCGCGCUGGCGCUGCCCUUUUUGGUGGCCUGCUGCCAGAUGAGGCACCCAGAUUGCCCCGAAGCCCUGGCUUUGCGGCUCUUCGAGGCCCUGGAGCCGCGCCUCGCGGAGGCGGAAGCGUUGGAGGUGGUGGUGGAGGAUCUGAGCCUAUGA